AUGCAUAUACCUUUGCAUUCUAACAUAAAUAUUGACAUUUCACAGAGUGACGCAUACAUUACAACCGGAGGGUACAACCUUCGUAAACCUGGCUUUAUUCAAACCAGCAGCGAGAUUGUCCUAGGAGGUGCUAUUUCUCCAGUAUCUAGCAUCGGUGGUCGCCAGUUUGAGAUAACUAUUCUGGUUUGGAAGGAUCCCCGAAGUGGAAACUGGUGGCUGCGGAUAGGCACCGACUUGGUAGGAUACUGGCCUAGGGAACUUUUCACCACUUUAGGCGAUCAUGCAGGGAAAAUCGAUUGGGGUGGAGAAAUCAUUGACUCAGAGAGCUUCGGACGACACACGAAGACGCAGAUGGGCUCAGGGCGUUUCCCCCAAGAAGGGUUUGGAAACGCGAGCUAUUUCAGGAACAUACAAGUGGUUGAUCACACUUGCAGUUUCCAGCCGACCCCUGAGUUGUUUACACAGGCAGAUACUCCUUAUUACGACGUCAAGAACUUGCCUAGAGAUGAGUUGGGAACUCAUUUCUUUUAUGGCGGACCAGGAUUUGGCCAUACGCAUUCAGGGGUCGUAUCUCUUAGUUUGAGUCAGUUUUUUCUUUAGUUAUGUUUUAGUUUUUUCAUUAUCAUUUAGUUUCUUUUCUUAUUUAUGUUUGUUCGGUUAAGGCUUUUGUGUGAAAACACUGUUUAAUAUGAACAUAUUGUAAUAAAAUAUCUUAUAUAACA